AUGUUGGAGUGGCACAAAGGACCUGAUCGUAACGAUGAGCUCAAGGAGUGGUUGUCUAAGAAAACUAAUCGAUAUGAAGUUACUAGCGAUGAUUUAGAAGCAAACGCUCAGAGUAGUCAUGGUUGUUGUUCUAUCUGUCUGGCCGAGUACGACCCUGGAAACAAGAUUCUCGAACUACCCUGUGGUCAUCGUUUCCAUGAAGAAUGUUUUCGAGAGUGCUUCAAAGUGGCGAGUGGGCCUAGUGCGAGGAAAUGCCCGAUGUGUCGUACACAAGUGGGACCACGAAAUGAGGAGGAGGACGUCCCAAAGGAUCCGAGGAGGAAUGCACAGCUCAUGA